AGGAAAAAGGCCCUCAUGUCCCUUCUUUGGUUUCUCUCUAAUUUGAGCUAACGCAUGUGAAUACUGAACGGAUUUCUGUACUUGAAUAUUUUCAAUUAGAUAUAUUUUUAAGUUUUGGAAGUUCAUCUUAAGAACUAGUUCGAUAGCGGAUUCUUUGUCGUAGAUACUGAUCGAGUAGUUAAAACGGACAUGGCUUCGACUAAGGUCGACUGGGGGCAAUGCGCCGAUGAACAGGAUAAAUUGGCGUCGAAGGUGACAAGUUUGAACUUGGAUAAACCGAACUCAACGUCUAUCCCUGCUCCAACUGUGAAAGAUGGAGAUUCCAAGAGUGAUGACGAUACGUCAGAAGAACAGAUCUCACCAGCAGAGAAGUCGCUCCUACAAAAGAUCAUAAGGAAAGGAUUAGUGGAGACAACGAAGGAUAUAGAGAUUCAAAGACAAGACCCAAAUUCUCCGUUAUACAGUGUCAAAACCUUUGAUGCACUUCAUCUCAAACCUGCCUUGUUAAAAGGGGUUUAUGCUUUGGGAUUCAAUGCACCUUCUAGAAUUCAAGAAACUGCUUUACCUACUUUACUCGCUGAUCCACCACAAAAUAUGAUCGCACAAUCUCAGUCUGGUACGGGUAAGACAGCUGCGUUUGUACUUGCCAUGUUGAGUCGGGUAGAUGUUACGAAGGAGUAUCCACAGGUACUUUGUUUGUCACCAACUUAUGAACUAGCGAUCCAAACCGGCGAAGUAGCGGCAAAGAUGUCGCGCUUCUGUCCUGAGAUAAAAAUAAAGUACGCUGUAAGAGGAGAAGAAAUAAGUCGUGGUUCGAAGAUUAGUGAACAUAUUAUUAUAGGAACUCCAGGUAAAGUAUUGGAUUGGGGACAAAAGUUCAAAUUCUUCGAUUUAAGCAAAAUAUCUGUAUUUGUAUUGGACGAAGCUGACGUUAUGAUUGCUACGCAAGGCCAUCAAGAUCAGUGUAUCCGUAUUCACAAAUUACUGCCACGUGCAUGUCAAAUGAUGUUCUUCUCUGCGACAUACGAGCCGGAAGUAAUGAACUUUGCAGAGAUUAUAGUCAGUAAUCCGCUAAUAAUACGGUUGUUAAGGGAAGAAGAAAGUUUAGAUAAUAUCAAACAAUACUAUAUUAGAUGCAAAAAUGUAGACGAAAAAUACACAGCUAUCACUAAUAUUUAUGGCGUGAUUACUAUUGGACAAGCGAUUAUUUUUUGUCAUACGAAGAAAACAGCUAGUUGGUUGGCAGGAAAAAUGACAAAAGAUGGACAUGCGGUUGCAAUAUUAUCUGGUGACUUGACAGUGGAACAAAGAAUUUCUGUGCUGGAUAGAUUUAGAGCAGGACUCGAGAAAGUUCUCAUCACUACAAAUGUUUUAGCUAGAGGCAUCGAUGUAGAACAGGUAACGAUAGUAGUCAAUUUCGAUUUGCCAAUGGAUCAAAAUCGGCAAGCCGAUUGCGAAACAUACUUACACAGAAUCGGAAGAACGGGACGAUUCGGCAAGUCAGGGAUCGCCAUUAAUUUAAUCGACUCGGAUCACGCGAUGGAAUUGUGCCGAACUAUAGAAAAACACUUUGGCAAGAAGAUCCAUUAUCUCGAUGCAGAAGAUGCAGAUGAAAUCGAGAAAAUCGGAGCCUAGGUUAAUAUGGCUUUCUAUCAUGGAUAUAUCUAGGCUUUAAUAUACUAUUUUUUAAAGCGGACUUCUCUUUGUAUUUUGAAUAUAAAAUGAGAUAUUUCUUUUCCAACUAUAUAACUGUACACUACAAAA